ACAAAAUCACCACCUCGAGAAUGUUCUYGAAGUCUCCUCCAUUUUCCUCUUCCUCUWUUGUCGCGGUUAUCGAUCGAAAUGCCGCCAUUUUCCUCCUCGUACRACAGCRCUUCUUCCUGUUGUUGUCUAUCUGAAAAUAUGCCCUGCUCAAUCUCGUAAUACAAUUCCUUCAUGGCACUUUCGUAUUCAGCUGUCAUAUCGGGAUACUCGGAGCGACCGUACAUGUAGUAAUACUGAGAAUCGUCGUUCACAACUUCAGAGUCGCGGGUCUCGUCUUCAUAGAUUUCUGCAUCUGAUCGGUAGCGGAGGCCCCGCUGCGCCCUUUUUUGGCUGACUYUUCGGCGUCGGACAUCUAGGUCUAGGUCGACGGUGCCGUCGAUAUUCCCGUACAUUUCCAAWAGGCGGUUGCAGUUGGCAGCCCCUGGGCGCAGAUUGUUCUUCGGUGUGUUCGUAUAAUCUAAGCAGUUCCCUAGAUCCUUGUUGUUGAAAUUCUCGUCGGUGUGGGGCAACCCGAAACCGUGGCCCACCUCGUGACACAUUGUGUACAAUCGCUCGUCGUAGUCGGCAUUUAGGAGGUAGUGUUCGUUCAUUUUAGCUACACUCGAUUGGAUUAUUCCCUGGGGAACAGUUUUCAGAACUUCGUUGAUUCCCAACCAUCCUGUUUCGCCAUAAUUUCCUGCGAAAAAAAAACAAGCAAAGCGAAUGAGUCGAAGAAAGGUGAAACUUCGGGAAAGAAUCYAUAGAAUAGAAAGGAUUGAUCUGAACACGCAUGAAAAUUCAUCUGCGUCGUUCAAAACUCACCGUUGCACACCUUCAUGACACCGUUUUCCUGGGUACACUCGCGGUCAACUUCUACGUCCUCACUUGUCAAAAGGAGCACCUUCGGAUCGCAAUAUUCAUUCCAAUCGGCSAYRGCCUCAACGUAUUCCGCUUGCCAGGUGUCAUCGAGGGCGUUCCACAGUUCUAGGGUUAGGCCACCCUCACCAGAGGURUGACCUUCCCAAACAUUAGUCGUGUUGUCUCCUACAAAGGGGUCCUCGUCCCACAAUUCGGGAGUGAAUCCGGUAAAAUUCUGGAGGACGUCGGUAAAGUCRCCAAAGUCGAUGUUUUUAAUUUUGUCUCCAAAAUCCUUGGCGUAGUCGAGGAGUUCAUCCUUCGACGGCUGGCCCAGGAAAAACCAAGCGGCGUAUCCCCCAGCCCCGAUCAAACCCAGUGUGAGGAGGCAACUUAACAUGCGGCAGAUGCUGCAUCCUCUUUCUUUCCUCGGCAUGUUGCGAUGUGAUUUAUUGUCGUGAUGAAAUGUGAUGUGAUGUGAUGUGAUGUGUUAGCUUUGAUGAAAUGGGAUGCGAUGCAACUUGAUAAUCCCCUUGGUAUUGGCAAGUAUAGAACAGUUGUUGUGCGUUAUCAGAUCUCAACUUCUCGCGAUUUCGGUAUCGAGUACAGUGUAGAAGUCGUUCCUGUUCUUGGUCUAAUCGUGGAUAAUAUCUUUGUUAAAUUUAUUGGGUUGAAUUAGCAGAAAUGACGUGAGAGUCGGAAGCUGAUUGUAUGGGAUUCAAUGACAAUGCGUACGAGUACAAACUUGAGUGCCAACAGAGUCCUUYGUAAAACGUGGGGUCGUUCGAUCGUGUGUUUUUUUCUUGUUUCCGCUCAGUUGGUUUUGUACGAGCAGUAGUAAUCGAUUCCUCGUCUCAAUUUCGUCGAAAUGAUGCUUAGCCAGAAAAGUCAUGGUUCCAUMAUAUUGACGGCACGGGACAUAUUGGAUAACGCGUUUUGUGUGACUGAAAACACGAGAAACAAMAGCACCUUGGAACUCUGCUCGCUCGUUCCAACAUGGACUGUGCGACCGUUGGAGCUCCAACGUAAGUCGUGUAUAUCGCGUCGGAAUGUCGUCGGYCCGAAGCCCGAUACGGAAGGAAUUAGAAGUAAAAUGACAAGCAAUACAGUAAGUGUCGUACGUACGGUACCUCCGGUUCAUAAGUACUUAGUACGGUACGAUUCMUCGUACUGGACUGGGAAAUGCGUGAAUCGCGACUCCAUUUUCAAAAUCCACAUUUGGGGGCAAGAUUUUGCGGGGUAUCAUCAAAAAUAAUCCAUUUCUAAAAUUAUUGGUUAUUUUUCAUGAAAAGUAGCUCACAGCUUUGGUGAUAACCCACAUUUUAAAAAUUACCAAUAUUUGUGGUCAUACCCCACAUUUCAAAUAACCCAAAAGUAACCCAUGGUUUUGUUGGUAGGAACAAAUAAUCCAUACGUACCGUACGUACGUAUCUGGUGCUUUUCGAAAAAAUAAGUAGAAGUAAUAAAUACGGUACUUUAGCUAGGAUGGUACGUACGUACCUUAGUCGUAGUUUCAAGACUGAAUAAAUAUCUAUCGAUGCCCUACCGUGUUACGUACGUACCACUGAUACCAUUACCGGGAAUACGGCGAUCGAAGACAAWGCGACGAAUGUAGCCGUUUAUGGUACGACUUCGAGUAUCGUACCUAGUACGCACCAGUACAGGACGGUACUGAACCGAGAAAAGAUUUCUUUCUGCAUGCAAUCUUUUGUCGUUCCCCGUCGCACUUCUUGUUACCACUUCUAUCGUCAUUAGAGUCGUCAAAAGGGGGAAGUGGUUGUCUUCUUCGCCGAGAGUGACACCACGUUUUGUUCUCCCGUUGAUUCGCAUCUUCAACGGCACGACUCAGACGAAGUCCAAGCUCAACAAAUCAAUAGAAGUUACCGAAAUGGAUACCAUUUUCUUAGCAGAAGAAGAACGAAACAACAUCUUCCUCGCCGACAAAACUGUCUUUUCAGAAGUGCUCACAAAUUCCAAAARGRUACAGYCAAAAACCACAACGAAUCAUWUCCAAGAUUCACAAAAACGCAACGCAACAUAACACAACACAACGAAACUCAACGCUACCAAAAACAUGGUGUCUACCUCGAUAAUCAGAAAAGUCCUUGUSGUUGGCGCUACCGGUGCUACCGGCAAAAACGUCGUUCGCAUGUUAUUGGAUCGSGGUGACACAUCWGUAGUCACGGUGGUGCGAUCCGAGGGGAAACUUAAGAGUCUCCUGAAYAUCGGUGGGGAGAAAGAGGAGCCGAAUCUCGCCAUUAAAGAGGCRUCCAUUUCCGAGCUGACUGCGAACGAUUUCGAAGAGAUUGCCAAAGGAUGCGACGUUAUCAUCAGGUAAGGAAAAACAAASAGUYGACCGAUUGAUCGAUUMMUUUAUAGCAUUUGAACUGUCUGAAGGGCCUCACGUCGUUUUUGUGUUUUCCAUCGCAGCUGCCUCGGCCACAACCUUACCUACAAAGGAAUGUACAAGGAUGGCUACUUCGUGAAAGAGACCGUCCGAAAAGUGACCAACGGCAUGGCAGCAUCAAAGGCAGUGGACAGUGGACCGAGCCCCCGCUUCAUCCUGAUGGGCUCCGAUGGGGUUGCCCACCCGGACGGCAAAACGGACCCGAAGCGGACCUUCUUCGAGCGGUGUGUCUUGAAGCUCCUGCGCUGGCUGGUCCCGCCCCACGUCGACAACGAAAUGGCGGCCCUGUAUCUGUACCAAAACCCGUCGAUCAACUGGUCCGUCGCCCGCCCCGGCGAUCUGCUCAACAUCGGUGAGGAAGGGGCGACCGGGAGAGAAAAACUCGGCUACGACGUCUAUGAUCACCCCCAGGGGACCCUGUUUGGUGGACGUUCCACGCUUCGCAGCGACGCGGCAGCGUUCAUGGUGGAACUGGCGGUGGYCGAUCCAACGACCUGGGAGGAAAAGUACAACCACAAAAUGYCCGUCGUCUACACGAAAGAAGUUUAGGAGGAGGGAAGUUGCAAUUCCAACGAAGCCAAGAAAACGAAAUGAAUCUGUCCAUUGGCCAUUAAGGUACAAGCGUUGGAAGAAAACAAUCUGCAACAAUUUUUGGGUUCAAUACGAUUGUCGCCAGGCCACCUUCAGAUGGUUCAAAUUCUAGAUGUAUUUCAUACUUCGUCAUAAUGUAAACUCGUAAUGUAUUCAUACUAACACAUCAAUAAAAUAAUACUGUGACAACGAGGCAACCGACGUGUUACAAUUUUAAUGGUACAGACAUGUUAUUGAUUUUUCGAGUACUAUCCUAGCAAGACUAUAAAAUAAUAGCCUUUGG